AUGAGAUGCAGCCUUACACGUAUCGACCGCUCCUGUCUGCCAAGAACAGCAUCCGCCUACUACAAAUACUGCCGGGGACUUCCAGGAACAGAAAUCCACUGCCAAGUCGUCGACUACACAAUUCCAGAAGGUCCUAUAGCUGGGCUGUUCGAGGCGCUGUCCUACGUGUGGGGCGACCCUACUAAGAAGUUCCGAACCUACGUCUCGGACCUGCCCUCUCAUGUCGAACCAGCUACCGCUCAGGGUUACCCUGACACCACCGAAAACUUAUUCACGGCUCUACAACAGCUUCGAGACCCGGCUCUGCCUCGUUCAACGUCGAUCGAUGCUGUCUGUAUUAAUCAGGAUGAUCUGAUGGAGCGUGCGAACCAAGUCAAGUUCAUGGCGAGGAUCUACUCACACGUCAAUCGCUUGGUUGUUUGGCUCGGGACCGAGGAAAAUGAGAGCGCGGAGCUAUUCGCUCUGAUUGAGGACGUGGCAAACAUCAUCUGGCGGUCUCCGCCCGACCCUUUACCUUCAGCAAUCAACCUGAUCGAAUAUUUCCAGACUUUACUCCGUGUUCCUCAUUGGAGGAGAAGCUGGACAGAUGUCACCUUCACGAAUCAGCGUGAUAAGGUCUUCGCUAUGCUGGGAAUGUGUAGUCCUGAGACUUUGAAUGUCAUUGCGCCCGACUAUACGAAGCCUCGGGAGACCAUAUGA